AUGGGUCGCAUGCAAUACCUGUACCCUUUCGCCACCGUACUCGCCCUUGCUGCCAAGGAGGCUGGCGCUUUCACCAUCGGAUCUCCCUCUGGUUUAGGCGCCGGCACAACUGGAGGCGCUGGUGGAGAAGUCGUGUAUCCCACUACGAACGCCGAGCUUUUGACGUACCUGAACGAUACCAGGCCGUUCAUCAUUGUCCUCAACAAGACGUUCGACUUUCGCGGAACUGAAGGCACGACCACCGAGAUCGGUUGCCGACCAGUCGAAAACCUCAUGUGCAUGGAGAAGAACAACGGCUUUAAAGGCCAAGACAUGAUCCUUCGAAAAGGUAAGAAUAUCACCAGUGACUGCGCCGACGGCACGGAGGUGAUGGUGACAUACGACAACGCUGCACUCAACCGUGCCCUUGUGAGGGACAACAAGACCAUCCGUGGCAUUGGCAAGAAAGGCGUGAUGAUUGGCAAGGGACUAACUCUGCGCAACAACAUUAUCGUCCAGAACAUCUUUAUCACGGAACUAAACCCAUCCUUGAAUUGGGCCGGUGACGCCAUCUUCAUACCAGGCUCUAUUGACGGAACCGUUGUGGGUUACAACAUCUGGAUCGACCACGUCAAGGUGUCUCGCAUCGGCCGCCAAAUGGUGGUGACGAAUAAGGCUGGUGUGUCAUCAAUGACCAUCAGCAACUCGGACUUCGACGGCCACACGGACUUCUCCUCGUCAUGCGACGGACACCACUCCUGGACCUUCCUGCUUUCCGGCAAAUCCACAGGCAUCACGAUGAUCAACAAUUACGUACACGGGACGUCCGGUCGGUCGCCUAGAGUCGGCGGUGAGAAAGAUAACAAAGUCGUUGUGCACAUCGUCAAUAACUACUGGGGCGACAGCACGGGCCACUCUCUUGAUGUUGCGGAAAACGCGCACGUUCUUGCUGAGGGCAACUACUUCGAGAACACGAACCAGACUCUGAAAAACGGUACGGAAGGAUGUCUGUACGUAUUCAACAGUACCGUCGGUCCCGAUAUGUGCAAGAGCUACCUGGGUCGCUCGUGUGCGCCGAACGUCCUUGUGCAUAGCAGCAGCCUUACGGAGCGCAACGGGGCUUGCGCCCUCGAGGCCAUGAAGGGGUACCCGAACAUCAUCGACUUCUCGUCAAAAUCUGCUCGUGCCGCUGACAUCGAUCAGAAACGUGGGAAGCAGUCCAGUUCUGAAGCCGACAAGCUCUACUGCGGGAUGACUCCAUUGCCGGUCCCUGCGAGCGAGUUGGUUGGGGAGUGGGCCCGGACGACCGGUAACUACGGCGUCGGCAAUUUGGACUAA